GGCAAAAAGUUUCUUUUGCAAGUUUUCGGUGACCAGCCGCGCGGCGACUAUCGAAGGUGAUCUGACAGCGUGUCCCGCACUGAGCUGCAUCUCUCUGAGUGACUCACAUGGACAUCGCCCGCUAGCUCUCUGCUCAAAGGAGUUCUUGCCUUGUGUUUUAAAUGCACAAUUCGAAGCAUGACUUUAAAGUACGAUCCUGAUUUUGUUUGAGUUUGCAUUUGCAAAGUCGAACUUUAUUAUUUUUGCCUUGCAGUUCUUGAUUUCAUAAAAAAAUAUUGUUGCAAAGAUUUUUCUGUUGCAAUUUUUUUUUGGAUUGCAAAGCGUCUCUUGCAAUUUUGCCCUUUUAAAAAAAAAACAUUUGUGGCCGUAGUAAGACGAUCGGAUUUGCCAAGUCGAUGCUGAACAUGACAGAAGAACACGAUAAGAUGGUGGCGGAGGGGGCGUGCAGCCCGGGCUGCAGCGGCUCUGAGAGCGAGUCGGUGGGUUCCCCGGGCUCCAUGUCGGACAGCGAGGCUCAGCACGCCGGCCUGUCCGAGUCGGAGGACGGCGGGGGCUGCGGUCGUCCGCUCUCGUCCGCCAACGGCAAGAAGAUGAGCGGCGAAGAGGACGAGCGCUUCCCGGCCUGCAUCCGAGAGGCAGUGAGCCAGGUGCUGAAGGGGUACGAUUGGACUCUGGUGCCCAUGCCCGUGCGGAUAAACGGCACGUCCAAGAACAAGCCCCAUGUCAAGAGACCCAUGAAUGCCUUCAUGGUAUGGGCGCAGGCUGCUCGCCGUAAACUGGCGGAUCAGUACCCGCACCUUCACAACGCCGAGCUCAGCAAAACCCUGGGCAAACUCUGGCGGUUGCUGAGCGAGAAUGAGAAGCGUCCUUUUGUGGAGGAGGCUGAGCGCCUGAGGGUGCAGCACAAGAAGGACCACCCCGACUACAAGUACCAGCCUCGGCGGAGAAAGAGCGUGAAGAACGGGCAGGCGGACUCGGAUCAGGGCGCCGAGCAGAGCCACCUGCCCGUGAACCAGCUGUACAAAGGCGGCCACCCAGGAGACAGCCUCCCCGGGGGGAGGGUGGUUCCCGAUGGGCACCACCCGCCUGAACACACAGGCCAUGCACAAGGGCCCCCAACACCACCCACCACCCCCAAAACCGAUCUCCACGCAGGGAAGCAUGAGCUGAAAAGGGAGGGGCGCCCCAUGGCAGAGAAUGGCCGCCAGAACAUCGACUUCAGCAACGUGGACAUCAGCGAGCUGAGCAGCGAGGUCAUCAACAACAUGGAGACCUUUGAUGUCCAUGAGUUUGACCAGUACCUACCACUGAAUGGCCACGCAGUGCCUCUCUCUUCUGACCACAGCCAUGGACCGAACUCGACAGGCUCCUACAGUGCAGCCUACAUAACCAGCAGCAGCCCAGCUCAAGUUGUCUGGAACCAUAAGAGUGCCUCAUCCUCUUCACCUUCAUCAUCAGUUUCCAGUGAACCAAGUCAGCAAAGACCGCACAUUAAGACCGAACAACUCAGCCCAAGCCACUACAAUGACCAACAGCAUGGCUCUUCACCACAAACCGAUUAUAGCUCCUACAGUAACCAGGCUUGCUCACCUGCCAAUGCUGCUGCAGCUGCCUUUUCUGGCUCCCAGUGUGACUAUUCAGAUGUCCAGGGCCCCAAUUACUACAAUCCUUACUCUGGAUACCCUUCGAGCAUCUACCAGUACCCAUAUUUCCAUUCAUCUCGCCGGCCUUAUGCUUCACCCCUCCUGAAUACUCUGUCCAUUCCUCCAUCCCACAGUCCAACUAACUGGGACCAACCAGUGUACACGACCCUCACCAGGCCAUAGGAAGCCCUCGCCUCCCAGGAAAAGUGUUGGGUGGGGUU